GUCUAUAACCUGACUCAGGAGUUCUUCCAACGAGGUAAACCCGUCAAUGCUGAGAGCCAGAAUAGUGUGGGCGUCUUUACACGGGACGUAGUGCGCAAACGUGUCAAGGCCGAUCCGGAUGACACAGAGGCCGUCAAGAGGCUGAAACUAGCCAUGAUCCAGCAGUACCUUAAGGUAGAGAGCUGUGAGAGCAGCUCCCACAGCAUGGAUGAAGUCUCACUCAGUGAAUUUGGGGAAUGGACCGAAAUCCCUGGGGCUCAUCACAUCAUUCCUUGCGGUUUCAUUAAAAUCGUGGAGAUUCUGGCCCGCUCCAUUCCCGAGUCUGUCAUUCAGCUCCGCAAGCCGGUCAAGUGCAUCCACUGGAACCAGUCGGUCAGUAAGGAGAUUGAGAGGGUGGCUGACCACAACAGUGACCUCCCCGAGGAGGACAAGGGCUCUGAUGUCUUCGUAGAGUGCGAGGACUGUGAGUUCAUCCCGGCUGACCAUGUCAUUGUGACUGUGUCCCUGGGAGUCUUGAAGAAGCGCCACGAGAGCCUGUUUCAUCCCCGCUUGCCCGAGGAGAAAGUAAUGGCCAUUGAGAAACUUGGAAUUAAUACAACCGACAAGAUUUUCCUGGAGUUCGAAGAACCUUUCUGGAGCUCUGAAUGCAACAGCAUCCAGUUUGUCUGGGAAGACGAGGCAGAGAGUGAGAGCUUGACUUAUCCCGAGGAGCUGUGGUACAAGAAGAUCUGCAGCUUUGAUGUACUCUACCCGCCGGAGAGGUACGGCCAUGUCCUGAGUGGCUGGAUCUGUGGAGAAGAGGCUUUGAUUAUGGAGAAGUGCGAUGAUGAAACUGUGGCAGAAACCUGCACCGAAAUGCUCCGUAAAUUUACAGGGAAUCCAAACAUUCCGAAACCUCGCCGGAUCCUGCGGUCCUCCUGGGGCAGCAAUCCCAACUUCCGUGGAUCCUACUCUUACACCCAAGUUGGGUCUAGUGGGGCUGAUGUAGAGAAACUUGCGAAACCACUGCCUUACGCCGAAAGCUCCAAAACUGCUCCGAUGCAGGUGAUGUUUUCAGGGGAGGCCACUCACAGGAAGUAUUAUUCCACUACCCACGGUGCUGUGCUUUCUGGGCAGAGAGAGGCCGCUCGCCUCAUUGAGAUGUACCAGGACCUCCUGCAGUGCCGGAGCUGAAAGGCCCCGCGUUUGCAAACACCACCAACUCCCAAAUCCUUGAUCCGGUGUGUGGAGGGGUUCUUUCUUAAUUGCAGUUUGCAGUAGGACAGCCUUUAUCUUUUUUUCUAAUAAAAAAACAAAAAGAAAAAAAGCCCUAACUGUUUAAAAAAAGUUAGUCACCAAUAGCUUCGUUUCCGUGUGCUGUAUCGUUAACAGGGAAGGGUGCUCCUUUUGUCUGGUAAACUGUUUCUUUGUCGUUUUAAUUCUAAUUUCACUUUUGGUGCCUAUCUUUUUUUUUUCUUUUUUUUUUUCUUUCUGUAUUGUAAGUGCCUUCUAUACUAAAAUAAAUGUUGUAAUAAAAA